AUGGCAACAACAACAAAAACUCAACCGCAAUUAUCAUUACAUGGUAGAAUUCCACAUAAUGUUCUUGCUAUAUUAGCUUCUUCGGUUAACCACGUCGAGGAAGUUGAAGAACAUAUAUGGAGUAUACCGAACGAAAACUCGUGGGAAUUGAAUUCGGAUACGGUUGCGCAAGCAUUUCAGAGCACAAACAAUAAUUAUCCUCAUUAUUUAUUCUCUACAUCUGAUAGUGGUAAUCAUCUUGUUGGGUCUUCUAGAAAUUAUAUUGUAAUUUUAAGUUUGGAUGAAACGAGGAAAGAGUUUAAAGUUAUCGGAGAAGUUAACGAAUGCUAUGAAGCAGGGGAAAAGAUAACUGCUAUUUUGUGUUUACCUUUCUUUAUGCCAUCAGCUGGAAAUAGGUUUGGUUAUAAUACAGGAUAUCUUAGGAUAUUUUCAGAGGCAGGCAAUUUAUUAAUUUCGCAAUUAUUGGAUACAUCACCAAUUAUUGCCAUAAAACUUCGUACUGCGAUUUUCCCAACAUAUUCAUUACCAGCAUCUUUGUCAUCGCAGCAAAAGUUAGAUUCACAAUCAUUCAAUGAAGCGGAUGAAGAAAUAACUAUAUUAUUUGAAGGUGGCAACGUUGUUAGUAUAGAUGGAAAAAGUUUAUGGUUGGUCCUUAGGAUUUGUGCUGGAUCAAAUCAUUAUGAGAGCGGUAAUAUAUUGACUAGUUCAACAGGUGAAGCUAGUGCUGGUCAAGGACCUGAUGGAACAACUUCAUUUGCAUUUAAGAAAUGGCAUUUUGAAGGACAGGAAAAUGUUGUUGAUGUUGUCAGUUGUGGUCCAUCUCAGCAUUGGACAGCAAAUAUAUUUGAUCAGACUUUCUCAACAUCUUCCGCAACAACUGCAUUAUUUAUAUCAAAUGCUACAGCAAGAUUCAUUGCAGUAGGAUCGGAUCCAAUGUUGUCAUAUUAUGCUACAACAGAUUCGAGCAGACCAUUUUUAUUGGCCGUAUCAAUGGUAGCAUCAAGAGUUACAAAUGCUGUGUUUUCUAUAGCAAAAUCAUUAUUAACUAGAACAAUUCCUACUUCCGCCACUGGAGAUGUUUCUCCGUCGACUAAUAUGCCACCUGCAAAAUCUAUUCCUAUUGUGCUUUCUUUAAAUGAUUCAAAUAGAAAAGUUUUAUCUAUUGUUAUGUCACCUGCUGCAGCUGAUGGGAAAUAUCAAUUGGCCGCAUUAACUGAUUCAUUUGGCAGGGUAACAUUAAUAGAUGUUGAAGAGGGAGAAAUUAUUGCAAUGUAUAAGGGAAUAAGAAAUGCUCGAUGCGGAUGGGUUGAGGCUAUUGAAGAUGAUGAUACAGAAGAUAAUGAUAAAUCUAACGAAUAUAUUCAAAUCAAAUCCAAAAAUUAUCUUUCAUCGUCAUCAACCUCGUCAUCUUUUAUAGAAGAAAUGAAACAUAGAAAAAGAAGCAAAAGAAUUACAUUAUUUCUUGUAAUAUAUGCGCCUCUUCGUGGCAUUGUCGAAAUCCAUCAUAUGCGUCAUGGAAUUCGCGUUGGACAAUUUUCAAUUGGAUUAGGAUGGCAUGUUGUUACUUCAGCUUCUGCCCCACUUGGAACUAGUAUGGGGGGUGGAAUGAGUUUUUAUGAACAAGGUAGAAGAGGAUGUAGAAAUGCUGGAUUGGCUAAAUGUUUUUUGAUAGGACCUCAAGGCGAAAUUAAGAGAGUUCAUGUUCCUUUUGGAUGUGCAAUCAUGUACGAGAAGCCAAUCAAUCAAAUUAAUGUGUUCAGGGGACUUUUGUGUAAAUAUGAGACGGAUACUGCAGAAAAUAAGGAUGCUCUUUUACAACAACUCAUGAAAACUCUUCAUUUGAUAACAGAUCCUAGAAUGCAAUUGGAAAUGUUAAUAUCACUUCCGGAUUCAUUAGCUCCAACGUUUCAUUUGCUUGCAACACAAUCUUCAAUAGAUUCAAUGCAAAUGUUGGAUUCACUUGAUUUCUUGGAAUUUAUUCAUGAUAUUCGAGGUCAACUAUUCAAAGGAAUUAGUCAAGAUGAUAAGAAAUUAAUUCGUUUAGAAUUAGUUUUACGAGAAAAUCUAUUACAUCUUUAUCAAACUUUAGAAGGUUGGAAUGUCGAAAGUUCAGAUAAUCAUGAUAAUGUAGGUGCGGUAAUCGGUGGUCACAAUGACCACUCAUCUGUUGUUGAAGAUGAAACGUUUGAACGGUCAGUGAAAUUUCUCUUUGAAGGAUGCACAAAUACUGAAGAAGCUAAACAUGAAAGUGAAGCAACAAAAGGGAUUGGGCCAAGUUCUUUCAUGUCUUCCUUCUUAUUGAAGAGUUUGGAUACAUCAGACGAUGGAGCUUAUUUAAUGUUGGAUAAUGAGAUGGAUGAAUUAAGAAAGUGGCAAUUAGCUGAUUUUUUAUUAAAGCCACUAAUAAUAUCAACGUCACCAAACGAAUGGAUUGAAACAAUAAGAAAAAGGAUACCGAUCUCAACAAAAGAUUGGCUAGGAUUAUUUUUAUUUUGGUUUGAGCGAACCAGCUUAGCAUCGUUAACUAAUUUUAUAUUAAAAGAUAAUUCAAAUUUUCUAUUUAUUAUAUUAAACAAUUUUUCUUCAAUCACAAUAAACUUUGAAGAUAAAUUUGUAUUUAGUAAAGUUAUCAAUUUUUGUUUGAACACAGAUAAGAUUGGUCAUGCUUUAUUAUUAUUGAUUGCGUGUCAAUAUGGAAAUCCAUCUGUAGAUGACCAUGAGAUUGAUUGGAGGUCUUUGGUUACUAAGUUGGAGACGUGCUGGAAUUUAGUUAAGGAUGCACAUCCAAUGAUAGUUUCAGAAAUAGGAUUAACUGCUCUAAAUUUUAAUAAGUUUGAGAAAACUAGUUUAACAAGAAUAUCCGCGAUUAAAGAUUUGAAGUUUGAUGGAAAACUUAAUUUGGAUGAGAUAAGCACUUCAACUUCACCUAAGUCAGAUUUAUACUGGAUAUACAGAAGUUGGACAUUUGGACAACUGUUUAAAAAGGAUAGAGAUAAUACCGAUCUACUGAGAAUUGCAAUUGAGCAAGCAAAAUUAAUAAGCGAUGUAGCAUUAAGAAACGGGUUAUUGCAUCUAAUAUGGAAUGCUUUGUGUAUGGAACAAAUUAGUUCUAUUAAUACUUUAGUUGAAAAGGCGCGUAAAGCUCCAAAAGACCAUUUAUGUAUUAAACAAUGUGGUAUGGGAGUCAAGAUGAUAGAUUCAUUCUUAUUUUCAUCGAGAACAUUAUUCGAAUCAUUUAUCUGGGAGUCUGAAGAAGGAAUCGAUACAUCUCACAUUUCUAAUGUUGUGGAAUCUGUUAUAACCAUUCCUGAUGAUAUAGAGAAUCGGGAUGCAUAUCUUAAUGAUGCAAUGGGAAGGAUGUGUAAUUUAUUUAAAGCUGUUGAUGAUGCACAAGAGAGUAAAAUUUUUAACAGGAAUCUUGUGGAAAGAUUAAUUGAAUUAAUCCAUGUCCUAUUACUUGUAUUUCGCAUUGAAGUUCGUAUGAUUCGACCUUCAAAAUUAUUUGAAUCAAAUUUAUCAUUUUUUAAUUCAUUGUUGAUCACUAAAGGAGAACAUCCUACAGAAAGUAAUUCAAAGAUCGGAGAAGAACGAAUGAUGUUUUUGAAAAAAUUAAUUGAUAAAUCAUCGGAUUAUCUCGAUGAUAUUUUAUGGAUCACGAAAAAAUUCGAGAUGAAUGAAAAUGACAUAAGAAGUUAUUGGGAAUCCAAAUAUAGUAAAGCUUGA